ACAGCACUCUGUAGGGUAGCACCGUCUCAACAGCACUCUGUAGGGUAGCACCGUCUCAACAGCACUCUGUAGGGUAGCACCGUCUCAACAGCACUCUGUAGGGUAGCACCGUCUCAACAGCACUCUGUAGGGUAGCACCGUCUCAACAGCACUCUGUAGGGUAGCACCGUCUCAACAGCACUCUGUAGGGUAGCACCGCCUCAACAGCACUCUGUAGGGUAGCACCGCCUCAACAGCACUCUGUAGGGUAGCACCGCCUCAACAGCACUCUGUAGGGUAGCACCGUCUCAACAGCACUCUGUAGGGUAGCACCGCCUCAACAGCACUCUGUAGGGUAGCGCCGUGGUGUAGCCGCAGGACAGCUAGUUUCCGUCUUUCUCUGGGUACAUUGACUUCAAUACUAAACCUAGGAGGUUUAUGGUUCUCAAGGCUUCCAUAGACUUACACAGUUAUUAUGACAACUUCCUGGAGGACAUCCUCCAACCUAUCAGAGCUCUUGCAGCAUGAACUGACAUGUUGUCCACUCAAUGAUAGGAUCAGAGAAUGAAUCUAGUCCUGAAAGCAAAAGCUACAUCUAGCUAGCACUGCAGUGCAUCAAACGUGGUGAGUAGUUGACUCAAAGAGAGAGAGGACAAUAGUUUAGCAGUUUUUAACAAAUACAUUUCUUUAAAAAUGAAGAAGAAAGAGAGAGAGAGCUAUAUUUUGUUGUAUUUUUUUUCACUUUCACUUAGCCUCUACAACUACACCCAGAAAAUGUAUACCAAUUAUAGCACCACCCAAAAGGGCACUUUAGAGACUAGUAGGGCAAAGAGGCAUUUGCUCUACACAGGGAGAACCCAUCUGCCACUGCUUCAUUUGGCUGCUCACUUCAAUAGCCCAUAUGCCACUGGGUGAGAUUAUUUUUCAUUGUUUUUGGGCAGAUGCGUCUUGGCCGAUUUAGCUCGGGAAUAUGCUACAAUCGGCAAUCUGUCUCCUAAUCCUGUCUAAUGGGCAGGUCAGCCCUGGAGGGGAGAAUUGGCUGUAAGAAGUAAGAAAGAACAUAGCAUCUGAUGGUUUUUAAAUGACUUCUUAUGACAUGGUUUGCCAGAAUAAACGAUGUCGUGGAGAUUUUUCCAAUCUGCGUUACCCACUCCAGUCAGCAGAUGGCGACGUGCGUCUUUCAGGUGAUGCUUCUUGCGUGACGUAUAAUCUAGUGGACGGAACUGGAGGCUUCUUCAACAGCGACAAAAAGCUUCUGACUCAACCAACGCGGUGGUUUCCUGGCGAACAUAAAACCGAACACUUUAGACUAUUCUUGUGUGUAUUAAUGUCAGUGUUUGCUUGUUAAAUUAAAUGCGCCAAUUUGUUAAAUUGAGAACGUUACUGCACUAGGCUAAUAGCUAAUGCUAGCUAGCUAACAUCCCGACCAUGAGCUCACUAAGAAAUAUGGAGAAAGCGAAAGAAGCUCUAGGGCUGAACAUCAUCGUAAAAGAAGAAGAGGAAGAAGCUUUAAGAAUAAAAAAGGAAGAAGAGGAGACUGUCACGUUAGAAGAAGAAGAGGUGGAUAUUACAGUGAAAGAAGAGAAAGAACCCUUUGGAGUAAAAGACGAAGAGGAGAUAGGUUUCAGAAUCAAAAAGGAGGAAGAUGCCAUAACAUUAAAAGAAGAAAAUGUAGUGAAAGAAGAGAAAGAACCUCUUGGAGUAAAAGAGGAAGAUGAGGCUUUCUCAAUUAAAGAGGAGGAAGACGUUUUGGGAGUGAAAGAGGAGGAGACUGAAGAUCAGAUUAACACCAGAGAGAGACAUGACUAUCGUGGAUCCUCUGGGAAGCCUCAACAACAUCCUGAUGCUGACGAGGCAGAGAAGAGUCUCUCCAGAUCAGAACACCAGAUGGACAACGCUAGCCCUUCCACCCUCCCGGAGUCCAUGUGUCGUGCCUCUCCUGGUAGCACCUUACUGCUGGGUAUGAAGAGGUUGUCUGUGCUGCUGGUGGACUGCAGGAAAACAACGGGGCUGAGUGGAACUGUGAGAGGAGGAGAAGAGAAGAAAGGAUCGGAUUUGACACAUCAAACAGAAGAGAGACCCGACUCAGAGGAACCAGAGACGUCUGAACCAGCGAGACAACACCACUGCUCCCAGUGUGGAAAGAGUUAUACCCGUUUAUGGAGCCUGAAAAACCACAAGAGAACACAUGCAGAGAAGAAGUCUUACAACUGUUCCCAGUGUGGAAAGAGUUUUAACCAUUUAGGGAAUCUUAAAAACCACAAGAGAACACAUGCAGAGAAGAAGUCUUACAACUGCUCUCAGUGUGCAAAGAGUUUUACUCAUUUAUGUAACCUAAAAUCGCAUGAGAGACGACACACAGGAGAUAAGCCUUACCAAUGCUCUCAGUGUGGUAAGAGAUUUAUUGAGUCAACAGAACUGAAAGUUCAUAAGAGAAUACACACAGGGGAAAAACCAUUCCAAUGCUCUCAGUGUGUAAAGACAUUUUCCCGACCAGGGGACCUGAAAUCACAUGAGAGAAUACACACAGGGGAAAAGCCGUACCACUGUUCCCAUUGUGAAAAGAGUUUCAGUUGGUCAGGGACACUGAAAGAGCAUGAGAGAAUACACACAGGAGAAAAGCCAUACCAAUGCUCGCAGUGUGGAAAGGGUUUUGGCCAGUUACGGUACCUGAAAACGCACGAGAUGAUUCACACAGGAGAGAAGCCUUUCCAGUGCUCUCAGUGUGGAAAGAGUUUUAUCCUGUUAGUAAACCUGAAAUCACAUGAGAGAAUACACACAGGGGAAAAGCCAUACCACUGUUCCCAUUGUGAAAAGAGUUUCAGCUGGUCAGGGACACUGAAAGAGCAUGAGAGAAUACACACAGGAGAAAAGCCAUUCCAAUGCUCGCAGUGUGGAAAGGGUUUUACCCAGUCGGGGAGCCUGAAAAUGCAUGAGAGAAUGCAUACAGGAGAAAAGCCAUUCCAAUGCUCUCAAUGUGGAAAGAGUUUUACCCAAUUAAGGAGCCUGAAAAGUCAUGUGGUGACACACAAAGGAGGGUAGCCUCACCUCUGCUCCCAGUGUGGAAAGAGUUUUACCCAAUUAAGGGUCCUGAAAGAGCAUAAAAGAAUACAUACACUCUUCAUGUCACUAAUUUGUAGAGGACCUGAAAUCACAUGAGAGAAAAGAGAGGCUGUGUUCUGACCUUUGUUCUUUGACUGAGAAUGUGUUGAAAUCCAUGAAAUCUAAUUUGUAUAUAUAAAAUCAUACUCACAAAUAGGCCUAAAUUUGUUUUUUCUAUUUUUCAUCUUGAGGCAUGUUCAGAUUUGAUCAAAUGCAUUUUCUAUUUUGUUUUGAUUAUAAACUUUGAUUGGAUACAAACUAUUCGCUCAAAAAAUCUUAUAAUUUGGAUAUUUCAAAAUGUAACUUAACAUAGAAUUUUCAUUCUAACCUUUGAACUUUGAAACAUCUUUCAUUCGUUUUUUAUUGAGUAAAUGUGUAACUAUUCAUCAAGAUAAAGGACUAUGAAACUGA